AUGGAGCUCAGAAGUGGAAAAUGCAUGCGCAGGGCAACAUUUGUGACAGAUGAGCCCCAAUUCGAGCCAAGUGGUCCGAGCGCCAUUGAAGCGGCCCUCCCCGACGACGUCCUGAUGCGCGUGUUCCAGCAACUAGAGCGGCAGGGCGACUGGGAAGCUCUCUCCCUCGUCUCUAAGCGGUGGCGCAGGCUGGCCGCUGGGGCCUGCACCAAAUUGCAUGUCACGAGGAGAGCGGGGGGGCAGAGGAUGACUCAGGUUCUGCGUCGCUUUGGCCCUGGCCUCCACACCCUCUAUCUCUCCUCCGCGCCGUUCGUACGCGACUCAGACCUGCGGACACUACCCCUCCUGUGCCCAAACCUGACGUCCAUCUACCUGAGCUGGCAGGACAGCUUCUCGGAUGCAGGCCUGAGCGCGCUCGCCCAAGCGUGCGGGCCGCGUCUCCUCGAGCUCGGCCUUUCGAGGUGUCAGGGCCUCUCCUUCCACGGCAUUGCUGCCGCUUGCCAGUACCUUCCCAAUCUGCGCUUCCUAGACCUCUCCCACGUCCUCGGCAAAGCCAAAGUCUUGGCGGUCCAACCGUGCGCCCUCGCCGCGUUUACCGUCAAAUUACCAUCGGUCAGUUCAGAAGACGGCGGAGCCGGAGGAAGCGGCGGCGACGACAGUGGGGGAAACGACAGCGGUGGAAAAGACAGCGGGGGAGAAAGUAGUUCUGAAGGAGCGUAUUACAAGUCUGGUCCGCCGUUCAGUGAGUUCCUUAGCCACCGGCUGAUGGUCGAGUGCGAGUACGAUUCCUGGGGCAACGAGUUUCGCUUCGGGUACAGCUUACUUGACGCGGAAGCAAAUGGGGCAGAGAGUAGCAAACCGGGGGGUGCGGGUGGGGCCAAAAAGGGGGGUGGUGCCAAGGAAGGUUUGGGUGAUAUCGAUUCGGCAGUCGCAUCUAUUGCCCAUUCUUGUAAGCAGCUCCAAACGCUCCUGCUGAAAGACUGCUCUGCACUGUGCGAGCUUUCGGACCACGGUUUGGACGGGGUAGCAUCCGGGCAGUGCGCGCAAACUCUAACCACGCUGGACCUGUCGUUCUGCGAGAACGUGACCGACGCUGGUUUGCUCAAUGUCGCGAAGCACUGCCCGAAACUGACGGAGCUCAGCCUCGCUUGCAUCAGCGUGGGGGAGAAGGUGACGUCGGCAGGGUUAGGUCAAGUGUUAAAGCAAUGCACGGGGCUAACCGAGCUGGACCUGUCAGGAAACAUGUUGGGCCCGCAGUGGUUCGUGCAACUGGGUUUGCAUUCGAAGACCCUGGUUAAGCUUAACCUGAAUCGGUGCAAGUCGGAGCCGGAGCAGCCCUACCUUCCCGUCUGGAAGAUGUGCCUCAAAGGGCCCGCCAAGUUCACGCUAACCCACCUUAACCUCAUGGAGUGUACCGGGUUAGAGGACCUGGGUUUGGGCAUGUUAGCGGUUAGUUGCAUCUCGCUAAAGGUGCUCAAAAUCAGCGGGUGUCUCGAGGUUACGGACAGGGGGUUGUUAGAGCUGGGGAAAUUUCGGGGGGGGCAGAUGGAAGAGCUAGUUAUCCGGGGGGCCGGGGUUGGGAACACGGGCCGAGACUCGUUCCAAUCAGGCGCUCCGUGGCCCAAGCUGCACAGCCUGGCCGUCUCCCAGUGCGAGUGGAUGGAGGAUGAGUCGCUCCAGUCGAUCGCGCUUCACUGCUCGGCGCUCACGUUUCUCGAGGCUGGAGACUGCUUCGAUGCGAGCGGGCUUGGGUUCUCGCACAUCCUCGACAAGUGCACCAAGCUAGAAAAGCUGAUGCUAUACCAGAUUCCGAAUAUCGACACGCUCGAACCCGGCCCGCCCUGUCACCGCUUACGUGAGCUUGACGUCAGCGGGUGCUCCCUAAAGGCCGGACCCCUUCGGACGCUUGCCGAGCGCUGUCCGAACCUGGAGAAUGUCGACAUCAGUGGGAAUAGACACCUGGAGCGGGAGGGGCUUCUCGCGAUGGUGGUGGGGUGUAAGGGCCUGGCAGUCCUGGACAUACAGGACUGCCCCAAACUAACGGACAAGGCAAUUAACCUGGCACUGGAAGCUUCGACUUCGCUGCGGAAGGUCUUCGUUACGAGGAUCAAGCUUAGCCAGCGACUAGAAAAGCUAGGACUGCGGAAAGGCUGCAAAGUUAGAGGCUGUUAGCACGAGCGGGUCGCAAUUCGAAGCACAUGAAGUUGUACGUACAUAUGUUCAUGGGAGACCAGGAUGCAACUGUGAUUUGAGUCACAGAUAGGAUCAGCGCACGCACGUAGUGGGAAUUCGGCACGAACCUGACUCAAUACACAUUGCUGGCAUCAAGUAGCUGGGGUUUGCGGUCAUCUUCACUCCAUCCGAUGGCAGUGCAGUCACGCAUGCGGACCCAUGCAUCUUGGACAGACGUAGUAACCAUGCAACGUACUUUAUUUUUCAGAAGUUUCUGUCAAUGUCC